GGACUUUAAUGACAAAAAGGCAAUAAAGAAAAUAAAAUACAAAGAAAACAAUUAUUCAGUUCGUGUGUGUCAGUGUGCCUAAGUGUGAGACUGAAUAAGUGAUUGUAAAAUCGUGAACAAGAACAGCAGUAGCAGCGGCAAAAAUUUCAAUUGCUUUUUUUGUAGUUAUAAAAACAAUUAACAAUUUCACUACACACACAUUAAAUCCUCCCCAUCAACACCACCAGCACCUAGCCUUGUCAAGAUGUCAGAAAUUGUUGAAUUAAAUGUGGGUGGCGUACAUUACACCACCACAUUGGAUUCAUUGCUACAGGAUAAAUCCUCUUUGCUACAUGAAAUGUUUAGUAAAACGGAUUAUUUACUUAAAGACAGCAAGGGCCGCUAUUUCCUUGAUCGUGAUGGUGUCCUCUUCCGUUACAUAUUAGACUAUUUACGUGACAAAACUCUACAGUUGCCCGAGGGCUUUCGCGAAAAACAGCGCUUGCAGAAAGAGGCCGACUACUUUAAACUUCAGGGCAUGUUGGAAUGUUUGCGCAAAGAACGUGAUACACGUUCGCCCGGCUGCAUAACCAUCGGAUAUCGUGGCAGCUUUCAAUUUGGCAAAGACGGUCUGGCUGAUGUCAAAUUCCGGAAACUGUCACGUGUCCUGGUGUGCGGCCGUGUUGCUUUGUGCCGUGAAGUUUUCGGUGACACCCUCAAUGAAUCGCGUGAUCCCGAUCACGGUGGUCCCGAUCGUUACACUUCCCGUUUCUUCCUGAAGCACUGUUUCAUCGAACAGGCAUUUGAUAUGUUGCACGAUCAAGGUUUUCGCAUGGCUGGCAGCUGUGGCUCCGGUACAGCGGGCUCAGCCGCUGAGCCCAAACCAGGCGUCGACACCGAAGAGAAUCGAUGGAAUCAUUACAAUGAGUUUGUGUUCGUCAGAGACUAAAUGGAAGUAUGAUGUAUUGGUUAAGCUAAAAUAUUUGCAUGUUAAA